GGAAUCUCCUCCUUCUUUCCUUCCCCCUUUUUUUUUUUUGGAGCUUUACACCGCUGUGGGGGAGGAACACGGCCAGGAGGAAAGUACAGCAACGAACGAACGAGAGAAAGAGAGCGAGAGAAAUCAGUCCUGGAUGCGAACGUGAGAGUUUUUUCCGCUUUCCCAGUCUCUCCGCACGCGCAGAAGGAAAAACAGCAUUUCGUUCGUUCUAGUUUGAACUGGAUACUUUGUAAAGGAUCUACGAUCAAAGACGCGGUAAAAAAGUUUCUUUUUUCUUUCUCUCUCGUCCUUUUAUCUCCUCGCGCGCGGAGCAUACCGCGUCCCGAAUCGAGGAGGAGAAAAAAAAAAAGGAAAAGAAAGAAGAAACGCACGGGUGGACUUCUCAGCAGUGUUACCUGGCGUUACAUCUUACUCUUGCUUUUUGGGGAAAAAACAAACAAACAAACAAACCUUAAACCAGAGUCUAAAAUUCCCAAACUUUUACACGCUUGGAUUGGGGAUUUGAGAGGAGAUUUAAUAUUUUUGCUCUCCCCCUCAGCUUUCUGAAAACACUUGCAUUGUGGAGUGUUUUUUUUUCUUUACUUUUUUUUUUGUAAAUAUAUAUGUAAAACCGAAUAGAAAACAAAAAAAAAAGUAAUUAGGAUUUUUUUUUUUUUUUUACAUUUCCUUCAACUAUCUUCAACCCUGCAGAUUACCUCAGAGGGAAAGACCUGAUGUCCUAGCUGUGUGUGUAUAUGGAGAGCUACCCCAGGCGACGAGCUCUGCCGUAGAGGAGCAUGAUGAGGAACACAAUGAAGGUCAUGCUGCUGCUGUUCUCGGUUCUUCUAACCCAGCCUCUGCAGGGCCACGCAAGGCCGGCCAGCCCAGAGCAAGUUGCCCUGUCAGAAACUGCUGCGUACACCCUGUUUGAGGGAGAGAAGCUAGAGCUGAAGUGUCGGAGUAAAGACGAGCUUCACGAGGUGAGCUGGACCAAGGACCAAGUUCCCCUCGGCGACGGAGAGCACGUUCAUCUACGCAGCGGUCAGCUCGAGAUCGAGGGAGUGGAACUAGCCGACUCGGGUCUUUACGGAUGCUUCGCCCGAGGCUCUGCAGUCAACCACACCGAGUAUUUUAACGUCAAUGUUACAUACGCCCUGGCUUCAUCUGAAGACGACGACGACGACGAGUCUUCUUCAGAGGAAACGAAGCAGUCCAGCAGCCAGAAGUUGCUCUCUAACAGCCAAGAGCUAUCACCAACUGCCCCGGAGUGGGCUCAGCCCGAUAAGAUGGAGAAGAAGCUCCACGCCGUCCCAGCCAGCAAGACGGUCAAAUUCCGCUGCCCGGCCGUCGGGAACCCGACGCCCACGCUCAAGUGGCUGAAGAACGGCAAGGAGUUCAAGAAAGACCAGCGAAUCGGAGGCUUUAAGGUGCGAGAGAGCUUGUGGGCGAUCAUAAUGGACUCGGUGGUGCCCUCGGACAAAGGCAACUACACCUGCGUUCUGGAAAAUAAGCACGGCAGCAUCAACCACACCUAUCAGCUGGACGUUGUUGAGCGUUCACCUCACAGGCCUAUUCUCCAAGCCGGUCUUCCUGCUAAUCGCACAGCAGUGGUGGGUAGCGAUGUGGAGUUUGAGUGCAAAGUCUUUAGUGACCCUCAACCACACAUCCAGUGGCUCAAACACAUCGAGGUCAACGGGAGUAAAGUGGGAGAAGACGGUCUGCCCUACGUCAAAGUCUUAAAGCACUCUGGGGUCAACAGCUCGGACACGCAGGUUCUGACGCUGUACAACGUGACGGAGGAGGAGAGUGGAGAGUAUAUUUGUAAAGUGUCCAAUUAUAUAGGCCAAGCCAACCAGUCCGCAUGGCUCACCGUCACUAAACACGCCUCCACAGCCUUGCCCCCGACCCCGCUGGCCAACCAGACCUACCUGGAGGUGCUGAUCUACUGCGUGGGAUUCUUCCUCAUCUGCGUGAUGGUUGUGAUCGCUGUGCUGGUCAAGAUGCACAGCUCAUCUAAGAAGAGCGACUUCAACAGCCAGAUGGCCGUGCACAAGCUGGCUAAGAGCAUCCCACUGCGCAGACAGGUAACAGUUUCUGUGGACUCGAGCUCGUCCAUGCAUUCCGGUGUGAUGCUGGUCAGACCGUCUCGUCUCUCGUCAAGUGGCUCCCCCAUGCUGUCUGGAGUGUCAGAAUACGAACUGCCACAAGACCCCCGCUGGGAGCUGCCCCGAGACAAGCUGGUCCUGGGGAAGCCUUUGGGUGAAGGCUGCUUCGGCCAGGUGGUUAUGGGAGAGGUUCUCGGGAUGGACAAAGACAAACCCAACCGUGUGACCAAAGUGGCUGUCAAGAUGCUCAAAUCUGAUGCCACAGAGAAGGACCUGUCAGAUCUUAUCUCUGAAAUGGAGAUGAUGAAAAUAAUUGGCAAACACAAAAACAUAAUCAACCUGCUGGGAGCCUGCACACAGGACGGUCCUCUUUACGUCAUCGUGGAAUAUGCCUCCAAGGGGAACCUGCGCGAGUACCUGAGGGCCCGUCGGCCCCCUGGGAUGGAAUACUGCUACAACCCGGACCAGGUACCUGUCGAGACGGUGUCCAUCAAAGACCUGGUGUCCUGCGCCUACCAGGUGGCACGCGGCAUGGAGUACUUGGCGUCCAAAAAGUGUAUCCAUAGAGACCUGGCAGCACGUAAUGUUCUUGUGACUGACGACAACGUGAUGAAGAUAGCAGACUUUGGCUUGGCCAGAGACAUCCACCAUAUUGAUUACUACAAGAAAACCACCAACGGCCGUUUGCCAGUAAAGUGGAUGGCUCCGGAGGCACUGUUUGACCGGAUCUACACCCACCAGAGUGACGUCUGGUCUUUUGGGGUGCUGCUCUGGGAAAUCUUUACUCUGGGUGGUUCUCCAUAUCCCGGUGUCCCUGUCGAGGAGCUGUUCAAACUGCUGAAGGAGGGACACCGCAUGGACCGGCCCUCUACAUGCACCCACGAGCUAUACAUGAUGAUGAGGGACUGCUGGCAUGCUGUGCCAUCUCAGAGACCGACCUUCAAACAGCUCGUGGAAGACCUGGAUCGCACUCUCUCCAUGACGUCGAAUCAGGAAUAUCUGGACCUGUCAGUCAGUCUGGAUCAGUACUCUCCCAGUUUUCCAGACACACGCAGUUCCACCUGUUCCUCAGGCGAAGACUCUGUGUUUUCCCACGAGCCCAGCGCCGACGAACCCUGCCUGCCUAAAUUCCCCCCAAACCCUAACCGCGUAGUGGCGUUCAAAAAGCGCUGAGCUUGGCGCUUUUCACUCUGCUGGAGCGUUCUACCAAGCUGGACUUCAUUCGUGGAAUGUCGAAGACAUUUAAGACGCUUAAGUACGAGUACGACGCACACUACACAACGGAUGAGGACGGUUUAGGAUGUGGCCGAUCAUUUACAGACCCACUCUCUAGGGCACUUGGGACAAAUCUGAGCAUCGAAAUGGAUAGACUGAACUUUUUUUCUUUUUUUUUUGAUGAAUCAAUCUCCCCCUAUCUCAUCUGGACUUAAAAAAGAAGCCAGAGGAAGUGGGACAUAAAUGCUGAAUGUUACACACAUUUCAAAUGAACAAGGAUAUUUCUCCAGCACACACACACACACACACACACAUACACACAGACAAAACCUCCUUUAGAAAGCGUACUUCAUUUACAGGACUCUCAAAAAAAAAAAAAAGUAUUCUAACAAAAGAAUUGUUACAAUAAUAAAGUCAUUUAGUUUAAAUGACUUCCUUGUAAAUACAGUUAGAAAAUUAUAAAUAUGAAUAUAUAUAUAUAUAUAUAUUUACACUCUCCUUUUAUCUUUUAUUGCAUUAAUUGAUUUUGUGGCUUAUUUUUGUAUCUGGAUGUCCAGUGGUUCAUUUAAGGACAUUUCUGAAAAAGCGACAAAACAUUUGUCCACAUAAUUAUGUGCUAAUAUUCUAUGAAUUGAUAGCAGGCCAGUUUUUUUUUUUUUUUUUUUACAGACCUUUUUUUGUUGUUGUUUUGUUGUUGUUGUUGUAUACUCUACAUGUGGGUAAGCUAAUGUAGCUCGGGGCCGCUGCUAGAUUUUCAAUGGCAUUCACUACAUCCUCAAGACUAGUUAAGCUGCGUAAGCUAUGUAGGCUAUUUUCUUAGAAAUCAUUCCCAUGUGUUAAUUUUCUCAGCCUCCGAAUGGUACUUUUUAAUGGUCUCGAGGUUUAUUUAAAAAAGAAAAAAAAGGAAGAUAAACAAAAACACACAUCCCCAAAAAUUUGCGACUUAAGACGUGCCUUGGUAACUGUAACAUGUUUCGACUUCCAUAUGAUGGAUUGACUGUGUAUAAAAGCAAAAGUUUCCUUUCCCGUCUUGAAGGGGAAGGAAUUGCAGAUCACUUAUGUCACUGUAAAAGCAUUAUGUUAAAUAAAAAGCUAUUGAAAAAACGAA